CGCGGGGCUCUCUUUCCUCAGCUGCCGCUAAGGUGCUCGGUCCUUCCGAGGAAGCUAAGGCCGCGUUGGGGUGAGGCCCUCACUUCAUCCGGCGACUAGCACCGCGUCCGGCAGUCCCGCCUAGCUCUCGUCCGCGCCAUGGCCUCCGUCUCGGAGCUCGCCUGCAUCUACUCGGCCCUCAUCCUGCACGACGAUGAGGUGACGGUCACGGAGGAUAAGAUCAAUGCCCUCAUUAAAGCAGCUGGCGUAAAUGUUGAACCUUUCUGGCCAGGCUUGUUUGCAAAGGCUUUGGCCAAUGUUAACAUCGGGAGUCUCAUCUGCAAUGUAGGGGCUGGUGGACCUGCCCCAGCAGCUGGUGCUGUACCAGCAGGAGGUCCUGCCCCCUCCACCACUGCUGCCCCAGCUGAGGAGAAGAAGGUAGAAGCAAAGAAAGAAGAAUCUGAAGAGUCUGAUGAUGACAUGGGCUUUGGUCUUUUUGACUAAACCUCUUUAGUAACACGUUCAAUAAAAAACUGAGCUCUUU